AUGUUCAAAUCUCCUAUUAGUAAUAGUGGUGAUGAUGAUAGUAAUAAUACUGCAUCAUCAUCAUUUGAAUGUUCACAAUUAUCUAUCUAUUCCGAUUUAUUUAACCAACAAGUAAAUAUCGAUGAUAAUCAUCAAAUACAAUCCAUCAAACCUAAUCAUAUCAAUCACGAUGAUAAACCACAAUUAAUGAAUCAAAUAGAUAUUCAAUUUAAUAAGUGUAUUUCUGGUACUGCUCUUCCAUCCAUGAAUUCAUCUAAAUAUGAAGCAAUGAGAAUUAAAAAACACUUUACCACCUCUACUAAUUUACUUAUCAAGGAAUUUGAUAAACCACACUUUGUAGGAAGUUUUUCCAACUCGACUGAAUUGAAAACUAUUAGAAAAUCACCACUCUCUUUUAUACCAUUCCUCUCUGAUUUAUUUACUAGAAAUGAAUACAUGAUUGUUAAAUCGGCAAUUCUUGUAUUUAUCACUGCAAGUUUAAAGAAUGAUUAA